AUGAACGUGUAUCCGCCCGGGUUUAAACCCAACACUCAAAUCGGUUUGCCGGCUCAUUACGACCCUGGCUACUUUGGUUCCCUCAUACAAAACGUCAACGGUGGUCUCCAACUAAACUAUAAACAAAAGUGGAUCAAUCUUGAUAUGCCUUCCAAUGUCUUUUUCAUUAAGAUUGGGGAUCAUGCUGAGGUUUUAACAAAUGGGAAGUACAAGAGUCCUAUGCAUCGUGUGAUCCUGAACAACGAGGUGAGAAGAAUCUCUGUGGCCACAGUCCAUGGACCAUCACUUGACACAUUUGUGAAACCAGCUCCAGAGUUUGUGGGCGAGUCUCACCCACCAGCAUACCGAGGGAUGAUCUACAAGGACUCCUUGGAAGCCAAUGGUUACCAUGAGAUCGAUGGAAAAUCAUGCAUGGCACAACUUCGGCUAUGA